GGGGCGGGGUGCAGGGCGGAGCCUGGGGGCUGGCGGCUCUGGGGGCUGGACUGCUCUGGUCCCAGUGCCCGGGGCUGGGUGACUCCCCAGGGCGGGCGCGUGGCAGUGGGGUGCUGAGCUCCCUCCCGGCGCUGCAGAGCGGCUGGGAUCGCGCCUAUGACCCGCUCCCAGGGGGCUCCUGCCGUUGGCCCUCAGUGCCCAGCAUGUGUCCCCCCGGCCCUGCACAGCUGGCUCCAGCUUUUCUUUCUUGGUCUGAAUAGAAUUAGGGCCCUACCAAAUUCAGGGCCCAUUUGGGUCAAUUUCAGGGUCAUAGGAUUUUAAAAAUAGUCAGUUUCAUGAUUUCUGCAAUUUAAAUCUGAAAUUUCACAGUGCUGUAAUUGUAGGGGGUCCUGACCCAAAAAGGAGCUGUGGCAGGGUCACAAGGUUAUUGUGGGGGGGGGGCUGUGGUACUUCUGCCCUGCUGCUGGCGGGGCGCUGCCUUCAGAGCUGGGCGCCUGGCCAACAGCUGCUGCUCUCCAGCCACCCAGCUCUGAAGGCAGCAUAGAAGUAAGGAUGAUGAUACCGCAAUCCCCCAGCAACUCCCUUUUGGGUCAGGAUUCCCAAUUUGAGAAACGCCGGUCUCCUCCCUGAAAUCUGUAUAGUAUAGGGUAAAGCACACAAAAGAUGAGAUUUCACGGGAGGAGACCAGAUUUCACGUCCGUGACGCAUUUUUCAUGGAUGUGAAUUUGGUAGGGCCCCAAAUAUAACGCAGAUCCAAAAUUUCCAAAAUAUACAGUUUUGAAAAUCUGAAAUUACUCUGUUUUUGUUGCUGGGAAACACUGGCCCUCCCACUUGAAGGACAGAGGGGCUGAUGAAAACGAAAGAGGGGCUGAUGAAAGUGCCGAUAUAACAACCAACAAACAAUUGUGUGUGGUUCUGAGGGCCCAUCAGAGCAGCAUCGCCCAUCACUGCUCUGUUUGGGGGGGACGUCACUCUGAGCUGCCUCUUCCCAUCCCAGUCCGGGCUGAACCUCAGCGUCUGACCCUCACCUGGCAGAAGGAGGGGGCGGUGGCAGGGGUCCUGAUGGUUCAUAGUCACUAUUACGGGAGGGAGCAGCUGGCGAGACAGGACGAGGCUUAUAGGAACCGGACCCGCCUGGAUCCGGAGGGGCUGGCCCGGGGGAACGUGUCCUGACGCUGAGGGGUGUCCGCAUGCAGGAUGAGGGCGUCUAUCGCUGCCACGUCACCACGGAGCUGGGCACGACGUCUGAACACUGGGAGCUGAGAGUGGGAGCCCUGUUCAGCGAGCCCCAGCUGACCUUCAGCCUCUCCAGCGCUGGGGUCACACUGACUGUCCGCACAUGGGGCGGGUACCCCGCGGCCACAGUGCAGUGGCUGGACGAGGCGGGCAGGGACAUCAUGACAGAGGGCGCCACGGAGCAGCAGGUGGAUGAACAGGGGCUCUGCCACGUCACCAGCUGGGUCAGGGUGCCGUCUGUGAUGCACCGCACCAGGCUGACCUUCGUGUUAACCCCCCGAGUUCUGGGGGAGCCGAUCACCCGGCCCCUGAGCCUGGAGCUGAGCCCAGGACUCCUGGGUCCGCCGGUCUCCUGUCUUGAGGGCCGCUUGGCUGUCGUCUUCACCGCCUGUCUCUGUUUCAUCCUGCUGGCCGUCAUGUUUCUCUGCCAUCCCAGCCGGGGCCCGGCCAGUUCCUGCUCCUGAAAGAACGCUGAGGAGGAGGGUGAGAAUGAGGUCUCUUGACCGGUCCCAGCUGGCCCCAGCUCAGAACAAGCUGGCCACAAGCAGCCGGCAGGGACUAAGUCCUAGGGGAUCAGCUGGGGCAGAGCUGGAGCCACCAUGAGCAAGAUCUAGUACCACCUCCUGGCGACUGAGCCCCUGGUGGACCUAGGACAACCCCGCUGCCCCGGAUCUACCAACCAGCCAUGCCCCUAUCACUGGUGCCCUUGACCUUGACCAAGAGCUGGGGAGACUCACCUCAUCCUCUAGCAGCGUCACCAAGGGGUCUCCGACCUUCCCCCCACCUCCAUCAUGAGAAUCUGGCUCCUUCCGUGGCCUGUUACGUUCCCAGCAAGUGCACACAGAGAUGUUAGAUCAAAACAGGAAAUCCUCCUGCUGGGAGGCUGCCAUGCCCCAUGACUUUAUUGCUUACACUCCAGGACCCAACACACAAAAACCCAGCCCAGCGAGAGACAAAGCAGGCUGCUCCCAAGGGAGUGAGGUACAACUCCCCCACCUUGCUUUAAGCUGACUCAAACGGAGUCCAGCAGGACCGGAAACCCCCCCUUCCCUGACUGCAUUUGCCCCCCUCCCCAUGUGCCUGUGCCACCCGGGACCUGGAACCAGGCCUGUUGGCUCCUGGGCUGCGACUGUAUCCACACUCCUACCUCUGGUGAAGAAGGGAACAGCAGCCUGGGAGCCCUGUCUCUUCAAGCACCACUGCAUGUCCUGCCCACGGAUGUCCUGGUUGGUGGAGCCUACUGCUGUCCCUGAUGGGCCUUAAAUAGGGUGCCUGGGCCAAGUUGGAGGCUGGCUGUGCCCCUAGGGCCUAGGGGAUCAGCUGGCUUGCUGCUGCAAACAGACCCUGCUGCCCUAUCCUGAGACCCAGCCUUGCUCCAGGUUCCUCCUGGUCCCCUGCGCCUUUCCUGAGGGCUCACCCUGCCUCUGCUCCACUGGUCCCCUUUGGCUGACUCACCUGGCUCUGACCCGGCCCAUCAGCGUCAGCUCUGUGCUGACCCUAUGGCGUGACGCUGGUACGGAUGGCUGCUCCUGGCCUUGGCCCUCCACACUGAACUCAAACCCCCUCCAGCCCAGGCACUCAGCUGAUUCUUUCUGAGCUUUAUUCAUGUCCAGACCUGACUCUGGCACAACAGACAAAUCACCAAACUCCUUCUGAGUUUCACAUACAUCCAGAAUCACCUCUGGCUAAUCAGGAUUUUUACACAAGGUAAACUGCUAGACUUCAUAGUCAAAAGAUUAGAAGCAUUCUCUUCCUUGUUACAAGUUUCCACACUGUCAGUGGGUAACAUAGUCAAAUCACCGUCAUGCUUUCCUUGUGUCCUGGCUGUGAUAUUGUUGGAUCAUAUUAAAGAAGUUCUGUAUUAAAAUCACAAAUGAGUUUGAUUCCUCAUAGUUUAAAUUCUAGGGUAUUACUAACUAAGAGGUCUCUUGGUUUUUGGUACUGUUUCUCUCCCUCUAUGUGUGAAACUUGCAAGCUGCUAAUUGUGUUAGUACAUUCUAAGACAGAGUCUGUUCUCAAAGCAAUUCUUUGUAACAACAACUACUCACACAGAGAGACUCAAAGCAAUACUCUGUAACAACAGAAACAGCACCCAGAGACUCCCCGCCCUUUUGUUGUACUCAUCUCGCUUUGUUAACAAUUGUGAUUAAAAUAGAGAUAGAGGAUGUAUGUGGAUGGAUGCUUGGUGUGGAUAAUAACUGAAUGACCAGGGAGGUGCCAGCCUAAGAAUCCAGUGUCCAUCGGCUGAAGAAGGCGUCAAGUGGAAAUAACCAGAGGACCCCCAGAGGGCAGACUGGAAUCCACCCAACAGCCUCAAGAAUGGGAGAACCAAAGAACAAAAUAACAUCUGGCAGCAUGGAGCCGUCAGGAAUGUGCCAUCUGCUGAUUGAUUCAGCAACAGCAUGAUGAAGCAAUUCCCAUAGACUGGCCUAGGAAGAAAUUCCUAUAAAAAUGGCCUCUAGAACAUGAGAACUUUGGGGUCUGAUUCUGCAAACCAACUUCCAGGAGCAUCAGAUGAGCAUCUGACAAGGCCCUGCUCCCUCCUCAUGUCCAGGCCACCUGGCCAGUAGCUUGGCAUGAGCAACUCUAAGGCUGGUAACUAUGAUAGCUCAUGAAAGCUCAUGCUCAAAUAAAUUGGUUAGUCUCUAAGGUGCCACAAGUCCUCCUUUUCUUUUUAUGAUAACAACCUUGCAGAACCUGUGUGUGUGUGUGUGUAUGAAUGAAUGUGUGAAUAAAUAUGAGAUUGAAUGGAAUGUUAUAGCUGUAACUAACUGCUUACUACGAUUCUUUCUGUAUUCACAAUAAAUGUGGUAUUUUGCCUUGUCCCUUUAAUAAGAUCCUGCUGGUUUUUAUUUUAUUGGUAUAACAAUGACAGGUGCAUUUAGCCGUAUGGAGUGGAAAUCUAUCAACUGCAUGAAAAAACUUCUACAGAUACAGACAGACAUCAUCUUCCUUUCCAAAUGCAAACAGAUGGACAUCGUACCAAAAGGACUGAAGGUCAAAAAUCCAUUACAAUCUACAUACCACACAGACUAUGCUGACAGCUUGUGCCUCACGCUCUCAAAGAAACUGCGGAAUCACCUGAUCAAGAUCCUCUACAGCAAACAGGGAAAGAUUAAGAAUGAGCUCUCAAAAAUGGAUACUCUCAUAAAGAACCAACCUUCCACACAAACUUCCUCGUGGCUGGAUUUUACUAAAACUAGACAAGCCAUUUACAACGCACACUUUGCUUCUCUACAAAAGAAAAAAGACACUAAACUUUCUAAACUACUACAUGCUACAAGGGGCCACAGCAAUGGUUCCCUCACCCCACCUAGCAAUAUUGUUAACCUAUCCAACUAUACUCUCAGCCCAGCAGAAGCAGCUGUUCUAUCUCGGGGCCUCUCCUUCUGCCCCUCCACCCCCACGAACAUGAUACAGUUCUGUGGUGACCUAGAAUCCUAUUUUCGACGUCUCCGUCUCAAGGAAUAUUUCCAAAAUACCUCUGAACAACAUACUAAUCCACAGAGGUCUCCCUGCCAACACUACAGAAAGAGGGAUUCUAGAUGGACUCCUCCUGAAGGUCGAAACAGCAGACUGGACUUCUACAUAGAGUGCUUCCGCCGACGUGCACGGGCUGAAAUUGUGGAAAAGCAGCAUCACUUGCCCCAUAACCUCAGCCAUGCGGAACGCAAUGCCAUCCACAGCCUCAGAAACAACUCUGACAUCAUAAUCAAAAAGGCUGACAAAGGAGGUGCUGUUGUCAUCAUGAAUAGGUCGGAAUAUGAACAAGAGGCUGCUCGGCAGCUCUCCAACACGAGUUUCUACAAGCCAUUACCCUAUGAUCCCACUGAGAGUUACCAAAAGCAACUACAGCAUUUGCUCAAGAAACUUCCUGAAAAAGCACAAGAUCAAAUCCGCACAGACACACCCCUGGAACCCCGACCUGGGAUAUUCUAUCUACUACCCAAGAUCCAUAAACCUGGAAAUCCUGGGCGCCCCAUCAUCUCAGGCAUUGGCACCCUGACAGCAGGAUUGUCUGGCUAUGUAGACUCCCUCCUCAGGCCCUACGCUACCAGCACUCCCAGCUGCCUUCGAGACACCACUGACUUCCUGAGGAAACUUCAAUCCAUCGGUGAUCUUCCUGAUAACACCAUCCUGGCCAGUAUGGAUGUAGAAGCCCUCUACACCAACAUUCCACACAAAGAUGGACUACAAGCUGUCAAGAACACUAUCCCCGAUAAUGUCACGGCUAACCUGGUGGCUGAACUUUGUGACUUUGUCCUUACCCAUAACUAUUUCACAUUUGGGGACAAUGUAUACCUUCAGAUCAGCGGCACUGCUAUGGGUACCCGCAUGGCCCCACAGUAUGCCAACAUUUUUAUGGCUGAUUGAGAA